AUGGUAUAAAUAAAUGGAAAAUGUUAAUUAUCAUUCUUAAACCCACAAUCUUAAAGUUGUAUUAAACCAUAUUAUUUUGAUUCAUAAAAAAAUUGUAAAUUAUGUGAUAUUGAGUAUUGUAAAUAUUGUUUUGAAUAUUCAACUAAUGAUUUAAAUAAAUGUACAUUAUAUUACAAUUUUAUUUAAUUUGAUAAGGAUGAAUUUCAUAAAAUAGGUUGUGCUCUUUGUGAAAAUGGAUUUAUAUUUGAUUUUAAUAAAGGUAAAUGUCUAUACAAUAAACCAUCUAUUUAGAAUUGUAUAAGAUCUUAUUUAAACUUAGAUAAUAUGGAAAUUUGUACAUUAUCUUAAAUUGAUGAUUUUUAAAUUGCUCCUGAGAUUAAUAAUUGUUUUAAUUAUAUUGAGAAUUGUAAAUAAUGUAUUUAAACUCCAUAUAAAGAAAUUAAAUGUAUUUUGUGUGAAGAUGGUUAUACUGCUUCAAUUCAAACAGGAUUAUGUUAUUAAUGUUCUAUUGUAAAUGUUAAAACUUGUAUAGAAGGAUAAUUUGAUUUAUAAGAUGGUUGGAUACAAUUAGUUUAAAGCUUUCUAAUGCAAUUUCGAAAUAACUAUUUUUAUCCCACAACUUAAAAUAUCAAUAAAAUUUCUGAGUUACCUAUUGAAUGUUAAGAUGGAUUUUAAAUUAUUUCAAAAUUUAAUUGCAUUUAAUACUGUGAUCCAAGUUGUUUAUCAUGCAUAGAAUAAAAUAGAUAAUUCCAUUGUAAUUAAUGUCCUUUAAACUAUUAUAAAUAAUCUAUUAAAUCUUCUGAAAAUGGACAAUGUAUUAAAUGCUCUUAAUUAUGUUUGGUUUGUUAAUCAAGAACAAAUGAAGAAAUUAAUGUAAAAAUAUUUUAUAUACACUAGAAAAUAAAUCCUAAAUUUGUAAUAAAUAAUUCAAAUUAGUUUUACACUCAUAAAUGCUUGGCAAAAAUAUAAGAUAAAAAUAUUGCUAUAGAUCCUUAUACAAAUAUAGCUAAUUAUUGUUAUAAUUCUUAAUGCUCUGAUAAUUUAGUUGUUAAUGUAUUGAAAAUUAUUAAAUAUUAAGGUUGAUGUAAUAUGUAGCAAAUUAGUUUAGUAAUUUAAUGAGAGAUAUCCUGAAAAUUAUGAAAAAAAAGUUAAUAUUAAGUAUUGUAAUGAAUUUGGAGUAAAAAAGAUUGUUAUCAAAUUAAAUUUUCACAUUAUUUAAAUGGAAAAAUGUGCACCAUUUACAAAUAUUUUCUAGAUUCGCAACUAAUUUAAAUAGAAAAUAUUUUCCCUUUAAUAAGCACAUCUAUAAAUUAAUGGAAACUAACAUCAAGAAAAUAAAUUCAUAGGAAUAUUAGAAAUUUAUAAUUAUGAUACAGUAGAAAUAAAUUAAAUGUAGUUUGUUAAUGAGAACCCUGCUUAUUUUUAAUUAAGUAAUGAUGAUAAACCUGUAGAUUUAGUUAUAAUGAACACUCUAUUUUAAACUAAUUUUUAAAUACAAGAAACAUAUUAAAUUAAAUUAAACUAAUAUCACAAACUUAUCCUUAAAAAUGUGACAUUUAAUUAAAUUAAUAUAGUAAAUUAAUCUCUUAUUAAUUGUUCUUAGUUUGAUUCUAAUAGUGAAAUAUUUAUAGAAAAUUUACUAAUUCACAAUUCCCAAUUUAUCAAUAGUUAUUUAUUAAGUAAUAUUAAUUUUCAUAAUAAAAUAACUAUUAAAUAUUUUUAAAUGAUCAAAUGUUAAAUUAUAAAUAGUAAUAUUUUUUAAUUUAACACCAAUUUUACAACUUAAGUUGAUAUAAUUAAAAUGCAUAUUGAAUAAUGCUAUUUCACAAAAUCAACUUUUAUAAAUAUUAAAGGAAAUUUGUAAAUCAAUUUUAUCAAAACAGAAUUUUAUAAAAAUAGAUUUUAAAAUUCAUCUAUUUUUCAUGUUAACUAAAGAUUAUAAUUCUCUUAAACCUCAUUGAAAUAAAAUGAUUUUAUUAAUUCUAUAUUUAUUCUUAUUGAUCAAACAUAAGAAGAAAAAUCUUUAAUAGAAGUAAGUGAUUUUUUUAUAGAAUAUAAUACAUUUUCUAAUUCAAUAUUAUUGGAAUUAGAUGUUAAAGAGAAUUAAGCAGAAAUAUAUUUUACUAAUUUUUAUCUAGUUGGAAAUAUGAGAUCAAAUGAAGAAACAAUACAAAAGAGUUUAUUUUAUUUACAUUCGAUAUUUUUUAGGCUUUAAAAUUGUUCGAUUUAAAAACAAAAUUCCUUAAGUAAUUUUUAAUUAUUUGAAGUAAAUAGUAUACAAAUUUACAAUGUAACAUUAUCUUACUUUAUAUAAACUACUAUACUUCCUUUGAGAUAAAAUUGCACAGAUAAUAUUGAAAAAAACCAGUUGCUCUUAAUAUAAGGAUUUUAAAAUAUUGAGAUGAGAUUAAUUAGAAUAGAAAAUUAAACGAGCAUUGAUAAAUCAUUUAUUUAGAUUUUAACUAAUGUCUUAUAAUUUUAAAAUACUAUUUAAACUAUAUAUAUUGAGAAUGUGAUAUUUUUUGGAAAUAUAAUCUAAAAAUUUACUUAAGGGGAAUUAAUAUCUUUAUUAUCGAUAUAUUCAGAAAAGAAUUAAACAAUCACCUUUAAAAAUUUAUAUUUUAGGGAAAACUUUUAUAAUCAAGUUCCUGAUGAUGCUUCCUCUAACUCUGCAGGUCUUAUUUAUGUAAAUUCUUAGCAUAGUCUAGUAAAUUUUCAAAAUAUUUCUUGUUAUUAAAAUGGUUUAAUAAAUUCAACAAGCUCCUUUAUUUUUAUAAGUUCCACAAAAAUUGAUAUAGCUAAUAUAUCUAUUAAAAAUCAUAAUAUUUUAUCGCCUGAUAUUUGGAGAAAAUAUUGUUAAAUAGAAUUAUAAAGCAAUCUAGAAGAGAAUGAAAUUAAUAUAUUUUUUCAAUCGAUAUUCUAAAUAAAAAAUAAAGGAGGGGGACUGUAAAUUAUGACAAAAAAUUUACACAUUACAUAAGGAUACUUUGAAGAUAUACUUUCCUAAAGUAGCCAAGUUAUUGAUAUUAUUACUUAAGAAUCUGGUAUAAUUAAACUUGAAUAAAUAAAGAUUUAAUCAAUACAAACCAUAUAAAAUUCUGAUUCCCAAGGAUGUAUAAGUAUAUAUUCUAAGAAUAGCUUAUUAAAUUUUUAGCUAAUUAAUACAAGCUUUUCAAGAGUUCAUAAUAGAUUAAACUCUGCUAUUCUUACAAUUACUCCAUCAUUGACUUCAAAUUUUAUUAAGAUCUAAAAUGUUAAAUUGAAGGAUUGUAUCUCUUUAACAAAUCAAUUUUUUAAAAUUGAUUUUUCAUAUACAAAAUCAGACUUAUAUAAAGUUAUAAUAAAAAAUCUAACAAUAAUUUAAAAUGAUUAAGCUUGGAUUCAAUAUUUUUAUAUAAUCCAAUAAAUCAGCUCAGUUGAGAUAGAUAAGAUUACUAAUGAUAAUGCAGUUAUUAAUUUAUAUGGGUGUCAUCUUAUUAUUGAUGGAUUGAAUAUAGAAGGAACAUU